UUGACAUAUGGCAGGCGAGAGAGACACUGCUCAUCACGGCUGUCUGUUGUUGGAUGCUCGCUCUUUUUGUGUCCUAUUGUCUGUCCGGUUCACUCUAUCAAGACCAGCCAAAACUUACACUUGAUUUCUCUUCUAAAAUCUCACUAUUGGAGCGUCACUGCGUCCGUUUUAGCCAAAAAAAAAACCCGUGCUCAUUUUGGUAUUAAAUGGUCCGGAGGUCGACUGUGUUAACCGGAGUGACGGCCGAGCUGAGAGCGACAUGAACCCGCCGAGGAGCAGCAGCAGCCGGGGGAGGAGGACGUGAAGGACCGCUGACACUUCCACUCCGGUCGCCGCCUCGAAGGAUAUUGUCGCCUGGUGUCCGCGACUUAAUGUGAGGGACACUUUUACCUGCUUCCGGACAGCCUUCAGACAAAUUAGCCGCUUCCGGCUUAAAUCUAAUGAUUUAUUAUUAGUGGUAUUACCUACACUGUUUAACAAGAUAACAAUCGGAACUGCAUUGAUUGAUUCAAUCCUGGUUAAGCAGUUUUGAAGAUGACACCUGACUUUAUAGUCUUCAACUUUUCUUUGUAGCUUGCCGCACAUUUGCACCUGUGUUCCUGUUAUUAUGGAAAAAUGAAGAAUGCACCACGCCAGUUGAUAAAUCAAAUUCCUGAGGCAAGCGUCCAUCUUUUGCUGCUGCUCAGCCCCAGGGGCCACCCUCCACUUCCACAGGCUCAUCUGUGAGCACCUCUACCUGGGCAGCCAGACUCCCAAGAACGCCUUGCAGAAGGGAAGGAAAGGAUUGGAUUCGGAGGAUUGUUAUUCUGGGGACAGGCGGAGGACGACAUGGGGUGCUGCAGUGGCAGGUGCACCUUGGCCUUCAUCUGUGGCAUGCAGCUGGUCAGCAUCUUGGAGCGUCAGAUCGUUGACUUCCUGGGUUACCAGUGGGCUCCCAUUCUGACCAACUUCCUGCACAUCAUCAUGGUCAUAUUGGGCCUGUUUGGCACCAUCCAGUUCCGACCGCGAUACGUCACUGGGUACGCCGCCUGGCUGGUCGUGUGGAUGACCUGGAAUGUUUUCAUCAUCUGUUUUUACCUGGAGGUUGGAGAUCUGUCCAAGGACUCAGACCUGGUCCUGACGUUCAACCUGUCCAUGCAUCGGUCCUGGUGGAUGGAGAACGGGCCCGGGUGCAGGGUGACCCCCGUCACCCCUCCUCCCUCCUGGGCUCCCGAGGACCACCGCUACAUAUCGAUAUCGGGCUGCCUGAUGGAUUUUCAGUUUGUGGAGGUGGCUCACUCCUCGCUGCAGAUCUUGCUGGCUUUGGUGGGGUUCAUCUAUGCCUGCUACGUGGUCAAGAUCAUCUCGGAGGAAGAGGACAGCUUUGACUUUAUAGGCGGCUUCGACUCGUACGGAUACCAAGGACCUCAGAAGACCUCCCACCUCCAACUACAACCCAUGUACAUGUCCAAAUAAAAGACCAGGAACUUCUUUAGAAGAGCUGCCUUACUGCUUUGUUUUGUGUUUGUUUGUUUCUACUCUAAAAGUAUUUUUGAGGAAGGAAACAAGAGGACACUGAGUCCUUCCAGUGUUUCUCUGAUGAAGUAAGAGUGACUUCUGGUGGUGGGAGUCACUUACUGCAUUAGCGGCUAUAAAAACAUUUUUGAGCACCUUCAUGGCCAACUUCUGGAACUUUCCCUUGCUCUUUAGUGCCUGGUGAGACUUCCUGACAACAACAACAACAACCAAACAAGGAAUGUCUGACAUCUUUUUUUUCUACUUCCUCAAAAGUUUGGAUUGUGGAUGUUAGCAAAGCAUCACAGACAUUUUAAAAAGACACAAAGCGACGUCCAAACGUGCUAAAACGAAUUCAUGUUUACAUCUUUGACAAGACUUUUUUAAUCAAAGAACUUUUUGUGCUUUUUCAGACCUCGGUUGUCUGAAUAAUUUGUCUUCCAGCCACAAGAGGCGGGCAGGAAGAAGACGAGGGAGAGGUCAGGCAGCCUUUUUUUCUUUCUUUUUUUUGCUUGUUUGCCAGUAGCAUUCAUCCCUAACUAAGAAAUGUCCCAAAGUUGACGUGUUGGCGCGACACAAAUGACAAUCACAGUCAGGGCGGCCUCCAUUUGUAACUCAUUUAAGGUCAAAAAACAAUGUUUAAUUCUUAAAGAGACACACACGUCCUGUUUUCCUUGGUAAAUCCUCUGUGACUCAAAUUGUGCAGAAUUCUCACAAAAUGUAAACUAUCCAACCACUCCAGACUAAAAUUGGUAUGUUGUAUUACUCACAACAAUGUGGGGAAAAACACAGCAAAAAACAUGUUUUUUGUGAACAAACAUUUGUAACCGCUACAAAUAACAAAUCCCAAAACGGACAAACAUUUAAUUUGACGUAGAUAUAGACAAAAAUAAUAGGAUAGCCGUAUGUCUAAUCAUUUUUUUUAGUGUGACCUUGUGAUCAAAUCAUAAUACAAUGUCUUCACGUCUUUAAAACAUCUUUACCUGCCCUUUAAACAAAUUCAAGCGAGCAACAAGCAGAACGCUAAUAAGUUCACUUCAUCGCCUCUUAGUGACCACCAAGAAUAUUGCGUGAGUUUUGUAUCAUGGCUUACGUCGCUUCUUUUACGUCCAGUUGACUGCUGACGUCACAGCCUGCAAGUGUGAGACGCUUUUGUUUUGUUUUGGUGCUUUGUUGAGAAGGGUAUAGCUGCGGGGGUGACGACAACAGAAGUGGACCGUGUUUUAAAGACAGGAGACUUGAUUUGUAACGUGAACCAAGAUGGCUCACGCAACGCACCAUUGGUUGUUAUUAUUUUGGUUGCUGAUUACCGUAUUUUUCGGACUAUAAGUCGCAGUUUUUUUCAUAGUUUGGCCGGGGGUGCGACUUAUACUCUGGAGCGACUUAUGUGUGAAAUUAUUAACACAUUACCGUACCAAAUAAUAUUAUUUAGCUCAUUCACGUAAGAGACUAGACGUAUAAUAUUUCAUCGGAUUUAACGAUUAGGAGUGACAGAUUG